AUGCCUGAAUCCUUCUCCACCAUCCGCAGUCGUCGCAGCGACGAGCUCAUGCGACUGGCGGACCAGCACAUUGAACAUGACCUGCAACCCGAAGAUCGCGCUGUGCUGAGAAGCGCCGCCUCCAGGGUUUCUCUCUGGACCACCCUCGGCUCCGCGGUUGGCAUUGGCCUUGGUCUCUAUGUCGCGUUCCGAUUGCGAAGCACGCGCAAGGCUUUCUUCGAGGCAUUCCGCGCUCAGGAGAAACCCACAAAGGUGGUGUUUUCGGAUGGUCGAACUGAAGCGAUUCCUGAUAUCACCCCAUUAUUGAAACCGACAACUCUUGGAGACUUUGCGACAUAUUUCUUUGCUUCGGCGGGUGGGCUCUUCUUGGGCGGAGAGCUGGGCUUCUUUGCCGGAGCAGCCAGUGGAAGUCGCAGCAUUGCAGCGGACCCUGAACGAAGAAAACGUAUCGAGAACGCAUUCCGGAGAUUCAGAGCAGACGUGUUACGCAAGGAAGCGGACGCGUUGGAUCGCGAUGAGGAUGUUUUCGAAAAAAUGUUCUAG